GCAAAAGCCAAAACUCCAGAAUAGCGAGAGUGAGAGAACCCGGCAUCGACCAGCGAAGAUGUCGAUGUCGAAGGGGUCGAAGAUGCUGCAAUACAUCAACUACCGGAUGCGGGUUACGAUCCAGGACGGGCGGCAGCUGGUGGGCAAGUUCAUGGCCUUCGACCGCCACAUGAACCUCGUCCUUGGCGACUGCGAGGAGUUCCGCAAACUUCCCCCAGCCAAGAAAGGUGGCGAAGAGCGCGAGGAUCGCCGCACCCUUGGCCUCGUCCUCCUCCGCGGCGAGGAGGUCGUCUCCAUGACCGGAGGGCCCCCUCCCCCCGACGAGUCCCGCGCCAAGGCCCAGUCUGCCGCCGCCGCCCUCGCCGGCCCCGGCCUAGGCCGCGCGGCCGGCCGCGGCGUCCCCACCGCUCCCCUCGUCCAGGCCCAGCCUGGCCUCGCCGGCCCCGUCCGCGGCGUCGGAGGCCCCUCCCCUGGCAUGAUGCAGCCCCAGCUCUCCCGACCUCCCGUGCCCCAGCUCUCCGCACCGCCCGUCUCCUACCCGCAGGUCGUCCGCCCCCCGCAGAUGCCUGGCUUCCCCCAAGCUUCCGUGGGGGCCCGCCCUCCCGUGGCCCCCGUGCAGUUCGCCGCCAGGCCAGGGGCGCCGCCCGCGCCCUUCCCUGUGCCGCCGCCCCAGUUCGGGCAGCGGCCCAUAGGACCGCCACACCCUCAGGUUAUGCGCGGCCCGCCGCCGCCGCCGAGG